AUGUUGUAAAGAAAAAUAAUAGUACCAUCUAAAAGAAAAUAAUAGACAGAAUCAUAAUUAAUAGAUGAUUUUUAUUUUGAAAGUAAUUUUGAAACAUAUGAUGUUGAAGAAAUAACAUCUAUGUUAGCUAAAAGACUCAAAUUUGAAAAUUGUGAAGAUGGAUCAAAUGAACCACUUAUGACAAAAAGAUGUUGUUUCAGUGAUGAAAAAUUUAUAAGUUAUAAACCAGGAUUAGAGAUACUAUCUAAAUAAUAAUAGAUUUCUGUAAUACCUAAUGAAAAACAUUGUGUCAAAUAAAUAAAUUAAAUAAUAAGUGGAGAAAAGAGAAAUACAUAAUUAAAGAACUUAACAGACUUUAAACAAAUAAGAAUAGGAGAAAUCAAUUAUCUGGAAUUUUAUGGAUUUUCUGAUCUUUAAAAAACAAAGAAAUUAAAUAAAAAGAAGGGAAACACUUAAAUAACAAAGAAGAUUCACAAAUUUUGA